AGGGGUGCGCAGAGAGAGGCGGGGCGGGAAGGCAGAGGUGUCUGCUCCACACGAGCCGCGGGAGACCCGAGCAAGCUCCGUGACAGCUCGUCGGCCGCCAUGUCAGCGAGUGGGGCUGGAAACAGCCUCGGCGCCCAGCGGUAGCCCUCCUUUCGCCUGCAAUUCCCAGUAAAUGAUUCAUGGCCUGCUAGAAGAAAGAAAGUCGGUCUCCACAACAGACAUGGAAGGACUUGAAUGAAACUUACAUGGUUCAACAAAAGAUGCUCUAAUGGAUGAUGGUGAAACUCCUACAUGUAAUCCGCAGAUAGAACCACAAGAUGGGUGUCAUCCUGGUGACUGUGUGGAAAGGAUGGUAACAUGCUUGCCUUCUGCCUCCGACGAAAAUGAAAACCAGCUUGAAGGGGAUGGGCGUGAGCCUCUGACCAGCAGUGGCCGUGCCAUGGGCAAGCCUGAAGUGUCUGAGCAGGACAGUCUCAACAAUAAUGAAAGCUGCACGCUGAGCUGCGAGGUGGCCGCAGGUGAGAACCUAGAAAACCCUCCUUGUGCAGACCCCGGGGGUGAACAAGACUUCUUGGGAAAGGACAGAAGAAUACCUGGAAAAAGAAGUUCUAGAUGCAAAAGAGGCACUGCUAAGAAGAUACCACAAGGGCUUUCUUCAGAAGAUUCCCCACCUUUAAUGCAAGAAACUGUAGUAGGUGCAGCUGCACGUGCUGUUGGUGAUGGAGCGUCUGCUGAAGGGAACGCCAACGACCCGCCGGAAGCCCCGAAGCUGGCUCUGCAGUCUCUGUUCUCACUGAUCCGAGGUGAAGUGGAGGAGUUGGACUCAACAGCCCUUCCUCUUUGCCUUCAUCAGAUAGCAGAGUCCUAUUUCCAGGAGGAAGACUAUGAGAAAGCAAUGAAGUUCAUUCAGCUUGAACGACUGUAUCAUGAGCAAUUGCUCGCAAAUCUUUCUUCCAUUCAAGAACAAUGGGAAACAAAAUGGAAAACUGUACAACCACAUACAGUUACGUCUGUAAGGAAUUCAGAAAAAGGAUUUAAUGGUGAAGAUUUUGAACAGCUUACUAAAUUUUGCACAACACAUCAAGAUCCCCUAUUAUCUAAACAUAAGAUAGCUGCUGUAGAAAAAUCCCUGGGGAGGAAAUGUUUUACGCAGUUAAUAGCAUCUGAAGAUCUGAAGGAAAGUGGAGUUACAGACAAAGAUCCGGAGAGCGAAACUUGUCUUGGCCUGGAACCAAGUAAAGAGAGCCAACGUAAAGAGGAGACUCCCGAGAGCAAUCCCUGCUGUAAUCAGAUGGCCGGCCAGGCCGACCCCCCCAGCCUUCUGGUAACUGCAGGGAGGGGCCACACGGCGGAGCCACUCGGCAGCGCUGAAGCCACCAGGGAGCUCCACGCCCAGCCCUCCGAGACAGCGGGGAGCAGCAGGUCUGGGGAGCCACACUCUUCAGAGAAUGCUUGUGAGGGUGGCGGCUGCCUGCAGCUGGCUCACACAGGGGUCUGCCAAGGUGUGACCGAAUUAGAGGGCGCUGCGCAAGACCCUGAGGUGUUAUUUUCCAGCGAGUCAACGACUGAGCCGUUGAUUUUACCGGGCCCUGAUCAUAUACCUCCUGCCUUGAUUUCUGAGGGUAAAUGUUCACAGACUCAAAGAAAGGAACUCCAGUUGCCACUUCAGGAUGCUGCUGAGGCGUUGCCCACAGACCAACUUGAGAACAAUGAAUUAGAUGAGCUGCAGCAACCUGAUCUCACGGGCACUGAUGGAAAAUCACCGCAGGGGCAGACUGACCCCAAGGGCUCUGCGAGUGUACUUCGUGAAAAUAAUAAAGUCUCUGACUUAAGUACAGCGCUUCCAGAGGUGUCUAUGGCCCCAGAGGAAAAGGGAGGUAAGGAGGAACGCGUCAAUAAAGAAACAGAAGACUAUUUGCACAGCCUUUUAGAAGGAUGCUUAAAAGAUACUGAAGAGUCCGUUUCAUGUGAAGAGGAAGACUCAGAUCUCCUUCAGGAUCUUUCUCCUGAUGAAGCAUCCUAUACUCUCCAGGAGAACCUGCCUUCCGAUGACAGCUGUCUCUCUCUCGAUGAUCUUGCAAAAAGGAUAGAGAUUGCAGAGGUUGCUCCUGCUGAAGGGUUGGUCUCUAUAUUAAAGAAGAGGAAUGAUACCGGAGGAGAUCACCCUGCCCAGAUGCAACAGAAACCAUCUAAGCGAAGAGUACGAUUCCAAGAAAUAGACGAUACCUUAGAUCAAGAUGAAGUUGGAGGUGGUUCCUGUAUUUUAUUGGUCUUGCUGUGCAUAGCUACGGUUUUCCUUAGUGUUGGAGGAACUGCAUUAUACUGCACUUUUGGUGACAUGGAGUCCCCUGUUUGUACGGACUUUGCAGACAACGUGGACUUCUAUUACUCUAAGUUACUGCAGGGAAUGGCAGAACUUAAACACUGGAUCUACCUCUCCUAGCAGCAUUCAAGAGGGACAGGCCUGCUGGCAGUGAGAAUCAAAGAGUGAAACUCAUAAACAGCUUUUAUUUUAGGAGUUGUAUAAUGGUUGUGUCCCGAAGGGGACAGCCCCAGUGAGGAACCAUGGACAUCGAAUACAGCAACUUUAAAUGGCAGUCCAGAGGAACUCUUAGAAUAAUCCAUGUCGUGAAGCAGAUGUUGAUCUGAACAUUGUAGAAGGAAGGAAUGGCCUUGGGGAGCGGGUCCAUAUCCUCCUUGCUGCCUCUUACACUGAGCAAAAUUAAACAGGGCAGUGUCGGAGCAGCACCAUUUUUAGCUUCCUUGGCAAGCUGACGGUUAAAGGACACUUUUGGUUCACACUUGUUUGUCCAAAGACAUUGCUUCCAGGCAUCACGCAAUAAGUUUGUGUGUAAACCAAAAGGAGUUACCUAUGGUUUCAGUGUCUCUUUUUAGUUAACCUUGGGAGAUACGUGAUUCAGACUUUGUACGUUAUUUCCAGGUUCCGUUCUCCAUUUGUGAAACGGUUGUGUGUGUGUGUGUGUGUGUUUGCGUGUGUGAAUGCACAUGUGUUUUUAGACAGUUAAUCAUAAGCAAAUACCCAACGCAGAAUAACAAAAAUUAUUUUUAUUCUUUUAACUUGACUAUAGACGUGCAGGCACAAAUCUUCAAAGAAGGCUUAACUGUGGAACAGGUGAAUGAUAGAAAACUUGGCCCUGAAGUGAGAAACUAUAUGACAGAUCUGUGACAAAUAACUUGAUUAACUAGCCAGAAAUUAAUCACAGGCCUGACGAGAGGUAAAAUUAAAGAGCUCCCUCUGAGUCUCACGCAACCAGUUUCAUCGUGGAUUCAGUGCUUCCUGAAGCAUGAUGAACAUUGGACUCAACACAAUUCAGCGAACACUCGUUGAGCACCUGUUAUGUUCUGAGACUCUAAGAACACACAUAAAUAUCAGUUCCUGCUCUAGAUGUUUUAAUUUUGGUCUUAUGUAAAAAAGAAAAAAAAAUGAAUACUUUGGCAAAUGAAAUUAAAUCAUCAUAUAUGAUUCAGUAUUAACAGAUCAUGCAUUCAGAUGUUUGAAGGUGUGUUCAUAUCAUGGACCGAUUUAGACCUAUUAUGGGUCAUUGAGCGAAAAUUCAUUCAUGUCUUAAAUAGGCAAAUGUCUGUUUUUGUUUAAAUCUGUCAGUUAGGGGGCAUUUUCUCUUCUAAGGCCUAACAUUUAGGAAGCCUUGCUUUCACUUUUUAUAUCAUAGGCAGCAUUUAAAAAAAAAAAGAAAAGAAAAAAGAAAAACGUGAAUUACAGUUUUUUUAGCAAGUGAUCAUUAUUUCAUGUUUUUCUGUUAGGAUCAUUUUAAAGAAAAAGGGAGAAAUUACUUUCUGUUGUUACUGGCUGGUACAGUGCCUCUUUGUGUUGCUGCUUAUUUAUUUAGAUUAUAUGAAUUUUAAAGGGCUUUUAUAUAAGUUGAAAGGUGUCAUUGAGCAUGCAUUCAGUUAUCCCAAUGUAGAUAUUUAAUUACCAUGUACUUAGUAUUCUAUUGAUUUGUCUAUAAUUUCAGUUCUUGUGUUUUUAGAUUUGUUUAUUUUUAAAUUGAUGUUUUAUUUUCACUUACAAUACUGUUUGAUUUGUCUCUAUCAUGUCACCAUAAACUAAUAUUUUCAAGGAUUAUAGAUCAAAGAUAUUUAUUUAGAAGUGUACAAAUACUGAAAUUUAGAUUCCUUAUACUUAAGGCUGAUUUUAUUAGAAGAUUAUUUUAAUGUUCUAUUAUAAAUUUUAAGAAUUUGUAUUCAAAUUGUAUGUAAAAUAUGUCAAAUGUUGACGGUACUAUCUUAUGUGGUUCUAUAAAAGACAUUCACAAACUCUACUGUGAGGGCAUCCCCACCACAGGUAACCCUCUUCUGUUUUACCCUCUUGAUUUGGUGAUGCUGAUUUUUGCCAGUUUUAUGGUCAAGAUAAGUCAAAACUUCCCUCCUGUUCUCUUUUAGGUCACUUUCGAAGCCCUAAAUAAUCUGUAGUGUCACAUUUCUCUAAAGGCCACCAGGGCCAUUAUUUCUGAAACUGAAGAUUUCUUAGGGAACUUCACACUGAGAUGAAAGGGGUGAGAUAAUACCUGGGUCUUCAAAGGCCCAGUUGACUCUCAGGAGAAUCAUGUAUGUUCUCACCACUUCCCAGGGAGGGUGAGGGGAAUUCAGGAGCAUAUUGAUGUCUUGACUUAAAAUAGGCAUGAAAAUCUCAACUAGAAAAAUUAGGGCAACUUAAAAAAAAAAAAUGUAAUCGUCGUUUAUUGCAUGAAUUGGAGUAAUUACAUCUGGUAAUGAAAGAAUUAUUAUCUCACUCAUAAAAAUUCGUCCAGUUUUACUAUACUGUAAUUCUUUCUGUCAUUCGAAAGUACUGACAACUGUUUGUAACUAAUCUUCCGUAAGAACUGUAUUUGAGGGUAACAGACCAACCUUGUAAUUUAAAGUCUACACCAACAAAGUGUCUCAGAGAGUUUAUUUGAACCUAGGGCGCUGAGAAAAAAAAUUGCUUUACAGUGAAAGUAAAACACCUUCAGAAGCUGGUCUGGCCCCACAAGCAGAUGGCUCUCUAUUUGGGGAAGUCUAAUAGGUACCUUGGUAAAGGCUCCCUCUGUUCCUAAAACACCUCCCCUACCUGCCUGACACAGAAACUGGCGUUUGCUCUAAAAAUUCCUUUAGAUUUAAAAAUCAGAAUCCUCUGGGAGGUUUAUUGAACUGUGAAUUUAUGUAUUCUGCCUAGAGGAUUGGAAAUUUGAAGAUAGGCCUUAUUUUGAAAGGACAGGCAUAGAUUGGGUAUUGCUGGAGUGGUAGGCGGAUGGGAGAUGGGAGGAUGGAGAAGCGGUAGGAACUGAGAAGUGAGAAGGAAAGUGAGAAGAGAACAAAGAAAUCCUUUAGCUAUUAACCUGUUUUGCCGAAGCUGGCUUUGUGGCAUUUACUCCAAAUCUAGGGACAGUGAAUUUUUUGUGUUCCUACUGACAUGACCCAUAUAACUUCAUUUCUGUGGGCUCAAUGAAUAUUAAUAUUAGUCCGUCCUUGUAUACUUCUUUCUGCAGUGUAAUAGUGUUUUCACAUUUAUUUAUUUGAUGCUUAAAUCAGUAAACACACAUUCCUUCGAGUCCGGAUCUUUUAGCUCCCAAAUACGGUAGUAUACUUUCCAGUCUAACAUGUUGCCUCCGUCCUCAAAAAGAGUAGAUGUGAUCCAGUGUUCAUGGCACAAAUUCUAGUACUGUCUGCUAUUUUUUUUU